AUGGCUUGCAGACAAAUUCAACGCAGCUCUUCAUCACGAACGAAGAAUUUUGACGUGUUUGUUAGCUUUAGAGGUGAUACUCGUAACGGUUUUACUGAUCACCUUUUUGCUGCUCUUCAGAGAAAAGAUGUUCUGGCCUUCAGAGACGACCAAACAAUAAAAAAAGGGGAAUUCUUGGAGUCUGAGCUCUUGCGCGCAAUUGAAGGGUCACGAGUUUUCAUUGUUGUCUUCUCGAAGGACUAUGCAUCAUCCACAUGGUGCAUGAAAGAGCUUACGAAGAUCGUGGAAACAGGUCGAAGUUUGCUCCCUAUCUUCUAUGAUGUCACUCCUUCUGAGGUCCGAAAACAGAGUGGAGAGUUUGCAGAAGCUUUUGCUCAACACGAAGAAAGGUUCAAAGAUGACUUGGAAAUGCUAAAAAAAUGGAGGGAAGCGCUCAAAACAAGUGCCGAUCGUUGUGGGUGGGAUAUACAAAAUAAGCAACAAAAUGAAGAAAUCGAAAACAUUGUUGAAGAGGUAAUCAACAUAUUGGGUUAUAAUCAAAUUUUGAGUUUUGGAGAUGAUUUUGUUGAUAUGCAUUCUCGUGUUAAAAAAUUGGAAGAAUUUCUGGAUUUGGGUGCAAAUGAUGUUGUUGGGCUUGUGGGAAUUCGUGGGAUGGUGAAGAAACUUCUAGACUAUCGAGAAUUUUAUCCUGACAUUGGUAUGAAAGUUCUGAUUGAGAAAUCACUUAUUAGUUGUCGAGAUGGGGAGAUUCAAAUGCAUGACUUGUUGCAAGAGUUGGGGAAGAGUAUUGUCAGAGAAGAAGCACCCAAGGAACCAAGAAAGUGGAGCAGGUUAUGGGACUACAAGGAUCUCCAAAAAGCCAUGAAAAUAAAUACGGAAGCCAAAAAUCUUGAAGCUAUAGUUAUUGAACAACGUCCAGAAGAGUUUCUACAAGAAAGAAUAAGAGUGGAUGCUCUGUCAAAAAUUAAUCACCUUGAAUUGCUCAUACUUCAGAAUGUGAACACUUUUGGAUCUCUGAAUUGUAUUUCUAAUGAACUGAGGUAUCUGAAUUGGGAUAACUUUCCUUUCGUGUCUUUGCCAUCAACUUUCGAGCCAGAUCAACUUGUAGAAUUGCAACUGCGUUAUAGCAAUAUCAAGAAAUUAUGGGAAGGCACAAAGAUGCCAGACUUAACAGGGGUUCCUCAUCUUACGAGUCUUCUACUAGAAGGAUGUAUAGAACUUGUCCAGAUAGAUCCAUCCAUUGGUAUUCUAAGAGAACUUAUUGAUCUGGAUUUGAAAAAUUGUAAAAAUCUUGUCCUUAAUCUGAAUAUUAUUUUUGGGCUCGGUUCUCUAAGAAGCUUAAAUCUCUCUGGAUGUUCAAAAUUACUGAAUAGUAAGAUGUUAAUGGAGCCAAGAGACACACAACAUUUGGAAAAAGUUGAUAAAAAUACAAGUGUCGUCCAACGGUCAACAUCCUCUGUAUACAAACUUCUAAUAUUGCCUUUCAAUUUUCUAUCCUCUCCAAAACCUGAAGAUUCCCUUGGUUUGUUGUUACCUUAUUUAUCUCGUUUCCAACGUUUGUCAUAUCUUGAUCUGAGCUUUUGCAAUCUACUUCAAAUCCCUGAUGCAAUCGGGAACUUGCAGUCUUUAGUUGGACUAAAUUUAGGAGGAAACAAAUUUGUGACACUACCUUGUACCAUCAAGCAACUUUCCAAACUUGAAAUGUUGAACUUGGAGCACUGCAAGCAACUAAAAUAUUUGCCCGAGCUUCCAAUAACAAAAGACAAAACAAUUGGCAAAUAUUGGUGGCGAUUAUACAUUUUUUACUGCCCCAGUUUGAGUGAUAUAGAACACUGCUAUAGAAUGGUUUUUUCUUGGAUGACGCAAAAUCUUGAGGUUUACUUCCAACGAAUUACUUCCUCUGCUAUGAUGGAAAUUGUUAUUCCUGGGACUCAAAUUCCAAAGUGGUUCAAUAAACAAAAUGCUCGUGGUUCAAUAAGUGUGGAUCUAUCUUCUGUUAUAGAUGAUCCAAAUUGGAUAGGUGUUGCCUUUUGUAAGGCUUGUCCUCCCACUUCUAUAUCACGAAAGAAGGCUUGUGCAAUGGCUUGCAGUAGCAUCCAUACUAGCUCUUCAUCACGCACAGGAAAUUUCGACAUGUUCGUAAGCUUUAGAGGUGAGGAUACUCGUAAUGGUUUUACCGAUCACCUUUUUGCUGCUCUUCAGAGAAAAGGUGUUGCCUUCAGAGAUGACCAAAAAAUCAAGAAAGGGGAGCUCUUGGACCCUCAGCGAUUGCAGGCUAUCGAAGGAUCGCGUGUUUUCAUUGUUGUCUUCUCAAAGGACUAUGCAUCAUCCACAUGGUGCAUGAAAGAGCUCACAAAGAUUGUGGAUUCGGUUGAAGAAACAGGCCGAAGUGUGCUUACCUGUUUUCUAUGA